AUGGCUCCGUGGCUGCUGUGGCUGCUGCUGCUGCUGGUGACCGGCACCGGGGGGGCUCCCCCUGAGCCCCGGGCGGUACCGGAGCCCCGGGCGGUACCGGAGCUUCCCGAGAGGUACCGGAGCCCCCGCCGCUCCCUGGGCCGGGCGGAGGCGGAGCCGCCGGAGGAGCUGCAGGAGCAGCGCCGCUUCCUGGCGGCCGCGCUGGCCACGCCGGUGCUGGCGCUGCUCGAGCGCUUCGUGCUCGACAAAGGGCUGUACCCCUCGGCCGAGGCGUUCCGGGCCGAUCUCCACUCCAUGUGGUUCGGACUCUACUCGCGCUCCAGAGGGAAAGCUCUGGACUCCUGCGGCUUCGAGCACGUGUUCGUGGGGGAGGUGAAGAACGACGCCGUGUCCGGGUGUCACAACUGGGUGCAGCUGCAGGCACUGGAGAGCGCGGGGAGGCUGCAGUACCUGGGCUGCACCUGGGAUGGGCCCUGGACGGCCUUCCCGGACGUGCUGUCGCUGCGGUUCCGCUGGGACGGGCACCUCAAAGCGCGGGGGUCGCUCCUGGUGGGCUCCAGCCCCGAGUUCGACCUGGCGCUGUUCACCCUCUGCUUCCUGGCACCCGCGCCGUCGCACCGCGCCAGUGAGCCCCGGGGGUGCCACAUCAGCCUGGGGGGAGAAGCUGCCACCAUCCAGACCUACAGCUGGGACAAGCAGCGCCUGGUGGCCUCGGCGUACCCCCUGACCCCACAAUGA